GUCAUCUUCUGAACGGGAUGGUAUCAGAAGGAGAAGCUGUUGAUAGAAGUAUAGUUCGCCGUGUUCUAUGGUUAAGUGACGGAUUCGUGGAUAGAGGUAGAAUGGCUUUGGAACGUGUUGAAGGAGGUUCG